UAAUGAACGGAAGCAACUGUAACUUUCCGGCAGUGGCCUGGAUGUGGGCGUGGCCAGGUUUGGCGCACGCGUGGUGAGAGGCACGUGCUGCUGUGGGCGAGUGGGUGGCGGGCUUAACGGUCAAUGUUCCGCGUGGCGGAUGCUUUCUGACUGUUAAACCUUCCCUGGAUGUGAUCCAGCUCCCCUCGGUCGAUGGUACAGGAGGGGAGAUUGAAACUGGGGACCAAAAGCAACAAAAUCCUAACCUGUUUUCGUUGAACUGUCGGAAUUUGGUUGCGGGCCCCAAUUCAGUGGUUCGGUAUUCAAGCCAAAUCGACAUUAGCAGGAAAGGACGAGCAAAGAAAGGUGCAAAUUGUUAGCUUGAGCUUGUUCCAGGUAUUUUGAAAGAAGAUCUAUUUCUUCGAAGUAUGUCAGAAAAGAAAAUUAAUUAUUCCAAACCUGAUGCAGUGAAGUUGUCACAUCAGAAAUCAGAAAAUGAGACGAAAAGGAUCGGAAGCAUUAAGACUAAAGGCAGCUUGGAUAGUUCCUCAGAAGUCCUUUUCAGUGAACGUUUGCACCCUAAUUUUGCAAUUAGUCAACCUUUGUCAGAAGAUGGAAUCGCUAGCUUCACAAAAAAGAGAAAUUUCAGUUUUUGUGAGCGAGCCAAAGAAUACUUUGCUGAUCGUACUCACCAGAAAGUUAAUAGAGCAAUUGGAACUAGCAUCAAUGAGAAAAAUAAAAUUGGAUUUUUACUACAAUUGAAUGGAGAAAUUCAACCAAGUUUUGACGUUGAAGAACAAAGAAUACAGCAUCAAGCAGCCGGUUCUAUCUCGUCUCUAUGUGAGUCAACUGAAGACAUCAACAGUUGCGCUGUAAUUGAAUUGGAUGAGCUGAUGAAGCCAGCGCAAAAAUCAUGCAUGAAACUGAAGAGUGCUAUAGAAAAGUUUUUGUUGAUUACACUGAAAAGGAGGAGGGAUUUUCACUCAAAUUCCUUCAGAGGAUUAAAUCGAUGUGCACAAUGCAAGCAGCUAUAUUGUUCAGUGAAAUGUCAGAAGAUUGAUUGGCCAGUGCACAAAUCCAUAUGUAAACCUGCAAAGCCUCUCAGUCGGCCUGAGGACCAUCAAAGAUUAACCAAAGAGAAGUUGCCUGCAGAACAUCAUGCGUGUUCAGUUACCAAAACGAUGGAGAAAAAGAAAAUUCAAUUAACUGAUCUGAAAUGCAUGGAAUUGCCAAAAGAAUCAACUUUGCAGGUGGUUGUCACAGAUUUCAAAGAUCCAAGUGAGUUCCAUGUACAAAUUCUCACUCCAGAAAACUUUGAGAUCUUGCGAAAACUUGAAUUAUCGUUGAAGAAGGCACUCUCAAGUGUGAAUAACAUGGAUGAAUAUAUCCCUGAUGAAGGGGAAAUAUGUGUGGCCAAAUUUUCAGAGGAUCAGAAGUGGUAUCGUGCAUUAGUUCAUGAUGUGAAUGUGGCACAUAAAAAGGCACAUGUUUUUUACAUUGACUAUGGAAAUAGGGAAACUGUCCCACUAAAUAAAAUUCGGCCACUGGACCUAGAAAUGGCUCUUUCGCCACCUUGUGCGGUGAAGUGUUGUGUUGCAAAUGUCUCUCAGCUUAGUAGUUGGGAUGAAGAAUGCAUCAAAUUGGUCCGGCUUCAGCUUUUACAGAAGUCUUGCUCUAUGACCAUCUUGGGGAAACCAAAUAAUGUCUCAUGUUGUCCUGUGGAGAUCAUAAUGCCAUCUGGGCAAUCGUUGCAGAAGUACAUUUUAGAAAAAAGAAUUGCUUUAGUUCGAGGAGAUGAAGCUGUCACAGAGAGAAAUCCUGAGCGGGCUGACAUCAAGAGGACAAAUGACCAUGUUACAAAAUGUGAAUCUGUGCAGAAUUCUCUAUUGUCAUUUUGUGCGGAAGAAGUUUCUGUCAUUGUGUCACAUGUUGAAACACCAAGCAGCUUCUUCUGUCAGCAGCUAGCUAGUAGAUAUAAGUUUCAACAACUUCAAAAAGCAGUGACUGAAUAUUGCAAUAGCAUAAGUCCUGUACCAAGUUUUAGGCCUUCUGUUGGAGAGAUUUGCUGUGCCCAGUUCACAGAAGAUGACCAGUGGUACAGGGCUGCUGUCAUAGUACAUCUUCCUGAUGAUACUGUCAUGGUGGGAUACAUAGAUUUUGGAAAUAUUGAGAAACUCCAUUUAAGUCAGCUCCGUCCAGCCCAAGAAGAGUUGUUGGAAUUGCCAAGUCAGGCAUUGAAGUGUGCUUUGUCAGGUGUGAAACCUGUAUCUGAUACUUGGUCUUUGAAUGCAGUAGUGAGGAUGAAAAGCCUGGUGAUGAAUAAGCUUCUGAAGUCCAGAACUGUUCAGAAGAAGGACAACAUACUCUUUGUGGAACUGAAAGAUGAGACUGAAAAUUCAGCAAUCAGUAUCAAUGAAAAGUUAACUGCUGAACGAUUGGCAGUUAAAAUAGUGGAAGAACAAAUAAUUUAUAACUUGGAAAGCAGCAAAACUGCAGCAUAUGUGGGGCAAAAUGUAUAUGCAAAGCUUUGGAAGACUGUGGAGCUGCCUUUGAACAGCGUUGUGCCUGUUAAGGUGAAAGAAGUGAUAAAUCCUGGCAUUUUAUUUGUUCACAUUAUUGGAUCUCCAGAUUUGAAGAAAUUGUAUUUGCUGAAUGCAGAGUUGGCUGAACACUGUGGAGCUCAACCAGACAAUUCAAUGUUCAGUCCUGAGGUUGGUGAUGCUUGUUGUGCAAGACUUGAAGGUGAUAACAGCUGGCAUCGUACAAUUGUAUUGAAUUACUCUGACCCUUCAGUAAAAGUAAUUUGUGCAGAUUAUGGAAUUGUAGAAACUGUUCCACUUGAAAGGAUUAAGUGCAUUCGACCAGAACUUUUGGCUCCUCCAUUUCAAGUUGCAAAAUUUGCACUUUCAGAUGUUGAACUAAAACUUGAUGCAUGGACUCCUGCAGCUAGCAAUUUACUCAAAAGUCUCUUACUUGAUAAAAAUGUUUUGGCAACAAUAAGAGCGUUUGAUGGAAGUGUCUACACUGUAGAUUUGAUAGGACAUCUUGAAGGUGCUGCGAUUAAAAUAUCUGAUCAAUUGGUAUUGGAAGGUCUGGCUAAAUACAGAGAUCAAGCUCAAGAUCACAAAAGCUGUUGUUGCAAAGAUCUUCAAAAAGCUGUGGAAGAAAUCAAGCAACAGCUUGCAGUACUCAUGAGCAAAAAUGUGGAACAAGUGUGUAACAACAAAGCUGAAGGAUAAAUGUACUAUUUUACUUUUGUACAAGAAUGUGGGGUUUUUGCUUUCUGUAUUUUGAUAAAUUUCUUGUUUUCACUGCUGGGAUUUAAAGGAAAUUGAGUAGAUGACCAACUCACAUUUUGUUUUUUUGCGUGUAAUUUAUAUAUUGUAAAUGUAAAGUUUUAAAGGUCAUUCAGUCAGUUACUGAACAACAAGGAUAGUUGUUAUCCAAUUGUUCUGAAAUACUAGCCAAAUUAUGACUGCACUGUGCCUUCUGAAAGACAAAGAAAAAUGUUAGAAAUACUGAGGUCAGGCAGCAUCUGUGGAGAGAAAUAAUUAUAUUUCAAGUCAGUGAUGUUUCAUUGUAGGCAAUUCUUUUGUUAUGCUUCACAUUAAAUAUUGCUCUAUAUUUGAGUAUGGUGCAAAUAUAUUUGGUAAAGUGAUUUAUAUGGUAUUAAAUGUACUAAAUUCCUUUUGGCAUUUUCAUCUGAGCAACAACUUUGGUUCCAAAUGUAAAGCUGAAUGUCAAUAAGCUACACAAAUGAAUUUAUUUGAAAUUCUCAAAAGAAUGGCCCCUGUCUUUGCGAAACCCUGUCACAAUUCGAGUUAUCAUGACUAGCAUGUAACUUUAAUAUUAUUCAAGCUAGGAGUAGGAACGUGUACAAAGGAAUAUCAAUCCAUUCCUUCCAAGAUGCUCAACCGAUAGUAGAUUUGCCACAAACAUAUCAUCCAUUAUUUGAGUGCUUAAGGUACAAAUUACACCAUAUCAAAAAUUGGUGAAUAAACAUUAGUUUCCUAGAAAAUAAACCACCCAGUUCUUAAUAAAAAGUAGGAUAUUAAUCUUAACCAGUAUUACUAAAUUAUGAAAUAAUAGAAAAUGCCGGAGGCUCAGCAAUUCAAGUAGCAUAUGUGGAGAGAGUCUGAGUUAACACAUCUUUCAUUUCAUACGUUCUGUUUGGAAAGAGGAGAGUACUUAUCUAAAUUUACUGAGGUCUAACAAAUGACAAUUUAAAAGUAACCAAAGAUGUCUUGUAUGUGUGUCAUUAUUAUAUACUGUGUACUGUUACUUAAAAUUAAUAAUGCGAAAAAUCAAGGUUAAAGCAAAUUCUGAUAGAAAUCUAACACUCAAUUGCAAACUAAUGAAAUGAAUCGCAUUAAUUAACGGAAAGAUCUUUUAAGGUUAGUUGACAUUUCUGAAGCACAUUUUUCCAUAGUGUAUUUGGCAUCUUCAGUUGAAAAUACAAGCCUUUCUUAUGUUCAGCAGUCUUAUGCUCAGUCAGAUGCUCAUGAAUAGUUUGCUAUAAGUUAGUUGGUUUUCUUGGCUGUCCCAUAUUAGCUUUUGAAUUUUCCAUUAAAAGUAUAGUUGAUCUACUUGUGAUGUGCACUCAAAUCUUUUCACAAGCUACAGUAUAGAAGCUGAAAAGGGUGUAUUUAAAAAAAAAAGCUUGUUUAGUUGCAGUUAAGUUGUCUUGUUAAGAAGAGUAGUGAGGGUUUUUUAAAAUCCAACUUGAGCACUAUUUUUCAGGUGCCUUCUGCUAUCUACUCCAUUAAUUAUGUGUGGACUUUGUAUCUGAAAUUUGCUUCACCAAUCAAGUGAUGUCCCAAACUGUUUCAAUUAUCACUUGGGAUCCAUAAAUGCAUUUCCAGUAUAUUAAAACGCUCUUUAAUAAUUGGGAGCAUGAUUUCUGGGCAGUUUCAUCUUCUCAAAUCCAAAAAUAAGGUAGACUUUCAUUAUUAUAAUCAGUUCUGAUAUUCUUAUAGCUUCCAGAAAACUCAUUGGCCAUGAAGCUAGUUUUACUAGGUAAUUACCAUUAUCUAGGCAUUUGCAGCAGCCAUUUUGCACAUGGGAAAUUCUCUCACACAGAAAUUUUUUUUAAAAAUUGCAUUUGUGCAGCAUCCUUUACAAUCACUAGACAUACCAGAAUGGUUUAUAGCAAGUGAAGUAUUUUUGAAGUGCAGUCACUGUUGUAAUGUAGGGCAUAUUAAUUUCUUUUUAAUUGUAGUGAUGAGAGUUCAAUCUUUAUUGGGACAUGGGCAUUCAAGAAUACUAUUUCAAUAAUUUCACACUAUUGUUUACAUUUUUUAACAGUCCUAAACAGACUAAUGGAGAUUGGGGAUCAGGAGCCUUUAUUAAAAUUUAUUCUUUUCUCCCCACCUCCCAUCACAUUUCCAUUCCCCAAAAAAAACUAGAGGCUGCAACAUGAAUUGUCAUAGUUGUAACUGUUAUAUAACUAAAAUCACUGACUGAGGACCAGAACCAUCUGUAUUGUAUUUCUUUGGAAUGGUCUUUUGUUAGACCAAAGGAGAAGUUUAAUAGCUGCUUCGCUUUGCCAAGCUGAGUGAAUCUGUAAAAUGGUCUGAACAGAAUAACUUUUUUCUGACUUAAAAAUGAAAAGAAGCGUGCCCAGCAUUGCAAUUGAUUGUAAUUCUUAAGAGUAGGUCCAGGGCUAUUCAUUGUCAGAGAGUCAGUAAUCGAUAACCAUUCCUGUUUGUUUUAAGAGAUUAUUUUCAAUUUAAAUUACCAUGGUAUGAAUAGAAUUAAUGCUUGGGUUGCAUAUAGUUAUCUUCAAUUUUAGCAGUAUUGCACCAAAUGUUCAAUAUUUAAGCUUUUAGAUUGUGUUUAUAUUUGAAAAUGUAAAGGUGACUCAGAGAUUGUGUAAAAAUCAUGCCAAAUUCUUUGUGACCAAACAUUUAAAUUUCCACUUCAACACCAAGAUGUUUGUUGUCAGUUGUAAACAAACAAAUUUGAACAUGUGAGCAGAUUAGAGAUGAGCAUUAUUCAAGUAGCUGGGUGUGAUUAAUGAGGUGAUCAUUUGAAAAGAAAAGGGAUGCAUUGGAUUAAUUACUGGCUCUCACCUCUGAUCAUGGUUUAAACCAAGGUCUGACUACAAGAAUAAAUGUCUGCUUUGCUCGCUUUAAGGCAUCCCGUGUAAAACCAGUUUGGCCAAUCCGAGCUGAGUUCUAAACGGCACGAGAUUACAUCAUAAAUCGGGAACGAGAUUGGCAUUCUCACUCACACGAGUGCUCACAGAAGAGCCAGAGACUUAGUUUGGGACUUCGGCAUUUGAACCUAUUAAAGAAGUGAAUUUCCUAAUCAAAAACAGGAAGAUAGGUUUACAGUCAUUAAAGUAUGAACAUUAUGAAAGACUACCAUGCUGCAUACUUAAGAGGUCAGUAUUUCAUUACAGUGCCAGUGUUCCUUAUUCAUGACAAUUGAUUUCACUCAACAGGUUUGUGCUUUAGAAUCUUAGUAGCACUGGGUUAUAGUUACCACCAAAGGGCAAAUAUCGAAAUUGAAUUUAAAUAUGAUUGACUCAAAAAAGACGAUAUUUGUAUCCUAUCUCCCUUUUUCCAUUGAACCACUACUGAGUGGGGCUAUUUUGCAUAAAUGAAAAGAAACAGGCUAAUUUCAAUAUUUCACCUGAAAUUGCAACUUCGGGGUCUCUUUUGUCACUGGACCAUGUCCAGACUUAGUGUGAUUUUCAAAAUGUAAUAUAACACAAUACAACAAUUGACCAGAAACCAUUGUUUUAAUAAGUCCCCUUGACCUUGACUAUUAAAACCAUAUACAAAUAUAUUUGAGGUAAGACUUUGAAACUAAUUUGUUUGAUCUUUGUUCAGUGAGUGAAUUCUGUCUCCACCCUUUAGUUAUUCCUGAUUUUCAGAUCUGAACAUUUUAAUUUCAGAAUCUAUCUUGUAGUUUUUGACAUUAGUUUUGAGUUCCUAUGUACAUUGCACUUUCAUUUGAAUGUUUGUGGUUAUGUAAAAUAUGUUACCUGUAAUGGAAGCAGGUCUGUCUUGUUGAAUACGUUUUUUAAAGAGACUAUUCUACAACAUUAAAACAGUGUGGUGAAACUG